UCAGCGAUCAGUUCGUAUUUGACAGCCGCGACCGGUGGAUUAGUUGAACUUAAGCGCUACGCUAAGUACGCUCGAACCUGUCCGUUCAGCCUGGGUUAAUUUGUGAUCUGAAUAGCAAGUGGUGAGCUAAUAACAACAAUAAAUAGUGAUAGGUGACCGGUUGAAAGUCGUGUGUGCCAAGUGAUCAUUAUUUCUGGGAUUCCCAGGUUUCUGGGAAAAUUAAACAAGUGAAAUCGUUAUUUACCGGUAGUUUUAGUGGAAAAGUUUAGAAUGGGGCAUUUAACGAUGUCCCCACCGUGGGCGUUAUCACUGAUGGUGUUGAUUUCGGUUUUUGUAGUGAGCUGCAAAUGUGAAGGGUAUUACACCGUCGUUGGAUCUAAACUGUUGCGACCGAACUCAGAGUACCACGUGUCCGUCAGCAAUUUGAAUGUCCGAGAGCCGUUGCGAUUCCGAAUCACGUUGAACAACACUCGAACAGGAACACCCCUGGCAAGCGAGGAUCUAUCUCUGGGUCAAGGUGAAUCCCGAUUGGUUCCAUUCAGUAUUGGUGACAUAACGGAAGGAGAUUACAGUUUGACCGCCGAGGGGUUAUCGGGAUUCAUUUUCAAGAACGAAUCUUCACUGACUUUCCAGUCGAAGAGUUUUUCGGUGUUCGUGCAGACAGAUAAAGCGGUAUAUAAGCCGGGCGAUACCGUUCGAUUCCGAGUGUUGGUAUUGGAUCCGAACACGAAACCCUUGCAAAAGAUCGAUACCGUUAAAGUGCACAUUACAGACGGCAAAAACAAUCGUAUCAAGCAAUGGAAUGAUGCCAAGCUGGUGAAGGGUGUUUUCGAAUCGGAACUCGCCCUGUCGUCAGCUCCGGUUUUGGGUAACUGGAAGAUCAACGUAGAAGCCUUGGGAACGAAAAAGACUCAAGAAUUUGAAGUUGAUGAGUACGUCCUACCCAAAUUUGAAGUGUCCGUUGAGUCUCCUGGUAUCACUACACUGAAGGAUGGAAAGGUCAAAGCGAUCGUUCGUGCGAAAUACACCUACGGCAAAUCUGUUAAGGGUGAAGCGACCGUGUCAGCAUAUCCAGACUUCAACUUCCAUUAUGUUCAACCAUUUGAACGGGAUGUGAUCACGAGAAAGACUGUACCGAUUGAUGGCAAGGGAUCGGUAGAAUUCGACCUCCGUGACGAGAUCAAACUGCAAGGAGACUACACUAGAAAUAUUGUGAUCGAAGCGGUGGUGGAAGAAGAGCUGACGGGUCGCAAACAGAACUCAUCAUCCAAGGUCAAAAUCUACGAUCGUGCGUACAACAUGGAACUAGUUAAGAGUUCGGAAAAAUUCAAGCCUGGACUGCCGUUUACCGCGUGGUUGAAGGCAACGUUCCAGGACGGCGCACCCCUUCAAGAUGACACUAAUUCCGUUAAAGUAACACAAGAAUUUGGUUGGCCAAAUCAGAAUACCACCGAGCAUACCUAUAAACUUGACAAGAAUGGUAUGGCAAAGUUGAUCAUCGAUACAGAGACAUCCUCGGAUUCGAUUUCUUUCCGCGCGGAAUAUUUGGGUGCGACUUUCUACCUGGGGUCGAUCUCUCAAGGCUGGGUCAAAUACAGUGCCUACGUGCGUGCUAAAGUUCUGACUGAGACUCCCACCAUCAAUAAGGACGUGACAGUGGACGUUUCCUCCACUGUUCCAAUGAAGUACUUCAAUUACCAGGUGCUUGGACGCGGUGAUGUUCUCAUUGGUGGGACGAUUGCCGUACCGGACCGCAUGUCUCACACGUUCCGCUUCCCAGCGAGCUUCGCAAUGGUACCGAGAGCCCGAUUGCUAGUUUACUUCAUCCAUUCCGACGGUCAAAUGAUCAGCGAUUUUGCCGAAAUUGAAUUUGCAAGCGAGCUGCAGAACUUCCUGAAAGUGCAACUCUCCAAGACGGAAUCAAAACCGGGACAAGAUGUUGACAUCACCAUCAGCACCAAUCCGGAUUCGUACGUAGGUCUGCUCGGUGUCGACCAGAGUGUGUUGCUGCUGAAGAGCGGUAACGACCUAACUACCGGAAAAGUGUUCGAUGACUUAAAGACCUACGAAGAGGCGGUUUAUCUACAGUACAGGAGAAAACGUUUUGCUCCGUGGAGACGGUUUAACUAUUAUGAUGACUUCAAUGAUGCCGGGGCUGUCAUCAUGACCAACGCCAACGAACAACCCGCAAACGACACAGCUAGCCGUCUACCGCCGAUCACGUACAAAGUGCAGCGAGCUCCCGACGGAACUCCCCUGUACACGGUGAUCGAGAAGAAUCCCCGUUUCCUGCCGGUGCACGAGUUCAAAACCAAUACGAGACCUCCGUUGGCCGGACCUUUCGCAUUCAGUCGCAUUCCGAGACCCCAUCGGGACGUCCCUCGGGUGUUCCUUUCGCGCGAAAUCGCCGACACCUGGUUGUUUGAGAAUGCGUAUUCGGGCUUUUCUGGCGAGAAGACCAUCACUAAAAAGGUUCCCGACACGAUAACUUCCUGGAUGAUCACCGGUUUUUCGGUGAGCCCAGUUUAUGGAUUGGGUCUUACCCGUCAGCCAAGGAAACUGAACGUCUUCCUACCGUUCUUCGUAUCCACCAAUCUGCCAUACUCCGUGAAACGGGGAGAGGUGGUGUCGAUUCCGAUUGUGGUCUUCAACUACAUGGACUCGGAUCAAACGGCCGAGGUAACCUUCCACAACACCGAACAGGAGUUUGAGUUUGCCGACGUGGAGAACGAGGUUCAUGAAAAUCCAAAGCUUGAACUGUUCCGCAAGAAAACCGUUCAAGUUGCAUCCAAUACAGGAAAAACUAUCCCCUUCAUGAUCAAACCAUCCAAGUUGGGUCAUAUUACCAUCAAGGUUACAGCCACUACUCAGCUGGCCGGAGACGGUGUUGAGCGCCAAUUGCUCGUUGAACCGGAAGGUCUGCCCCAGUACGUCAAUAAGGCUUCGUUCGUUGAUCUGCGUGCCACUCCAGAGGUAAACAACAACUUCACUGUCGAGAUUCCCAAGAAUGCCGUUCCAGACUCGACACGUAUAGAGAUCGCUGUUAUCGGUGACGUACUGGGCUCGACUAUUCAAAAUCUGGACUCGUUGAUCCGUAUGCCGUACGGAUGUGGCGAACAGAACAUGUUGAACUUCGUACCGAACAUCGUUGUGUUGGACUACUUGAAGAAUACCAAUCAGCUUACGGCAAGCAUCGAGGAUAAGGCAAAGAAGUACAUGGAAUCUGGAUAUCAGCGCGAGUUGACGUAUAUGCAUGAUGACGGAUCGUUCAGUGCUUUCGGCAAGUCUGAUCCCAAGGGCAGUACUUGGUUGACUGCGUUUGUUGCUCGCUCGUUCAAACAAGCCGCCGAUCAUAUCAGCGUUGAUGAGAAAAUCAUCGAUAAAUCUUUGGAGUGGUUAAGCGAUCAACAGUCGUCUAACGGAAGCUUCCCGGAAGUUGGUAAAGUUUCGCACACGGAUAUGCAAGGCGGAUCUGGACAGGGAAUCGCUUUAACCGCCUACACGUUGAUUGCUUUCCUCGAGAACAAGAACCUGAUCCCCAAGUACACCAAUGUCAUCAACAAAGCGUUGGACUAUAUCGUAAGGAACACAGAAGGAUUAGACGAUAACUACGCUCUGGCUAUUGCAGCGUACGCCCUUCAGUUGGCCGAUCAUAGUGCCAAGGAUUUCACUCUCUCCCAGUUGGAUACUAAAGCUACUACCGAUGAGGAUCAAAAGUGGUGGAACAAGCCCAUCCCAGAAGCCGACAAGAAGAAUCCGUGGUACAGCAAACCCAACUCCGUCAACGUAGAAAUGUCCGCUUACGGAAUGCUCGCCUUCAUGGAAGCUGGACUGGAUAGCGAUGCCCUGCCAAUCAUGAAGUGGUUGAUCUCGCAGCGUAACGACAAGGGUGGAUUCCAGUCUACUCAGGACACUGUCGUCGGUUUGCAAGCGCUGGCCAAACUAGCGGCAAAGAUUUCUUCCAAGAACAAUGACGUUACCAUCGUGGUUACUUACAACGAAAAUCAACAGAAGGAAAUGAAGAUCAACUCGGAGAAUAACAUGAUCUUGCAAAAGUUCGAGCUCCCGUCGUCGGCGAAGGACAUCGACAUCAAGGCUACAGGACGAGGAUUCGCCGUCGUGUCGUUGGGUUACAAGUACAAUAUGAACGUCACCGGAGAGUGGCCCCGAUUUGUGCUGGACCCUCAGGUGAACAAAAACUCCAAUCAGGAUUAUUUGCAUCUGACUGUGUGCACAAACUUUGUUCCAACCGCCGGACAAAACAAGUCCAACAUGGCCGUCAUGGAGGUAGGCUUCCCAAGUGGUUUCACCGCCGAUUCGGAUACGCUGCCCUCGUUGGAGAAUACCGAGUAUAUUAAGAAAGUAGAGUUGAAGGACGGAGACACCGUUGUUGUAAUGUACUUCGACAGUCUGGACCGUAACGAACUGUGCCCUACGGUUUCCGCCUUCCGCACGCAUAAGGUCGCCAAGCAGAAGCCAGCUCCUGUAGUCAUUUAUGACUAUUACGAUAACUCUCGCAUCGCUCGUCAAUUCUACAAUGGACCGGCAGCUGGAUUGUGCGACAUCUGUGAAAAUGAAGAUUGCGGCAAUUCGUGCUCGAUUAAAUCGCAGAAGCAGCGAUCACCUAAGGAGGAGGCCACCGUGAUGGCCAAAAGCGGUGCAGUUGGAAUUACGAUCGGUUUGCAGCUAAUUGUUGCUGCACUGCUGGUGAGGUUGUUCAAUUGAAAGGGUUCCAUGAACAACGUUAAGUGACAGGGGAAAUUGAGAGAGAGAAAGAUGAACUUGCAAUAAUCUUGCUAGAGCGGAAGGAGAAAACUGCGAUGAUAGCUUUAUGUACCUAGUGGAAGAUUAUUGUGAUUUGAGUGGUAUGAUUUUUGGAUAAACUUAUGUAACUGUAAAAUUUGAUCACAAUAUAGAUAAUGUAAACAGAA